AUGAGUGAAUACUCGAGCGACUACGUUUGCGUCCCUUACAAAGCGAGUCUCUGGUGGAUUUCCGUCGUGAUCCUCCAGUUUUUGAUAGUCACUCUCGGCUGUUUCUCGCAUUGCGUUUUCAUUCAUUUGGCUGUUCUACCACACAGAUUCGGUACCUACACUAGGUCGGUGUGUCAAAGUAUACAAAGAGGGCGAAUUUCAAUGUUUAGAAUCACAUUUGGCUUCAUUUCUCUCAUGAUGCUGGUGAUGUUGCUCACUUCCACUGGAGCGUUUAUCAUGGCGCUUGCGCAUGGGAAACUUAUCGAAGACUGCGAGAUAAGUUCAAUGGGUAAGCUGCUUGAGGGUGUUGCAUCGUUCGAGCUACAUCUGUCCUUUUCAGAGUCCCGUAAAUAUCUAUUGUACAUUCACUCAUUCGGAGAGUACUUUUUUGUGGUUUGCGAGUUAUUGGGCACUAUCGGUAAACAGCUCCUUGACAACAAUAUUUCUAACUUUUUGAAUUCAGAACGUGUCACAACCACAUACUCCCACAAAUUCCGCAAGUCCAGCUCGUUCCCCACUCUCUUCACAUCCGGAUGCCUUCUCGGAACCGCCGCUUCUUUCGCGUACAUUUAUUUUGUUAGAAUCGCCUUUGACAGAACGUUAUUCGCCAUCGGUUUCGGUAGUUUGACGGCGAUGGAAGUGCUCAACGGCGUGGUGAGUCAUUUCGGGCACUAAAAGUGUCAGAAAGCCAGUCGUUUUCAGUCAGUCUUCAUUUUGUACUACGUGGCGAAGAACAAGUAUCAGACGAAGAAGGAGGCGUCAUUGAAUGUUCGAUACGAGGUUCGUGUUUAAUACUCAUAUUGACAACUUUGAGUUCUCUUCCAGUUCUCGCAGUCGUACGCGUAUUCUCGGUGUGCCGUCGCGAGUGUCAUUGCACGAGUCAUCAUUCUAACAUACGUGUACACAAAGUUAGCCGGAUGGUUCGAGGGAGAUUUGGAUUCGCCGUUCUAUUACAUUAUGAAUGUGGUCGGUGUCGAUGUGGAAUUCAAAAGAGAACAUGACAUUUCAGUUCAUCAACUUUUACUGUCUGACGUACCCGUGGGCGAUAAUGCUCUGUCAUCGUAAGAUUUAUAGUCAGGUAGACUGUUUUUCUUUUGAGACCUGCAACGUUUCGGUUCAGAUUAAAAAGUACUUGGGCGACCGGUACUCAUUGUUCCGUCAGAAAAAAGUUCAACAGAGAGGCGAUAAAACGUUGUACACGAUCGACGGAAAAGAAAUGAACGGCAUGACCACCGACGAUCACUUCGAGCAGCUCAACCACAGUUGGAACACUUCCACAAGCACUUCUCGAAAGUAUUCCAUCCGCUCCUGACCCUGUUCACUCUGCAAUUUUCGUUGAUUUUUUUGUUCAUUUCACACCCACUUUCUAGUCGAUUCCCCGUGUUUUAUGUGCCGCAACAACCUAUAAAAAUGAGCGAGCCCACGUGCUGAUACGUCUUUUCCUUUCUUGCGUACUUAGUUGUUCAUCUAUUAUCAGUCCAGAGGAAUUCGUGUCGAAACACGUGGAGAAGAAGACUAACAGGAUGAAGAAGAUCAAUUGGGAUACCACGAGGGCCGCCGUCGCCUUUUUGUAAGUUGUUUGAGUCAUACAUCAACCAAAGUAAUAAUUACAGUCUCCUCGGGCUGUGUAACAAUUACGGGUAUGUGAUUAUGCUCAGCGCGGCGGAAGAUAUUCUGAGUCAACAACACGGCAAGAACAAGACGACCACCGUCGACGCUUGUCUGGUGAGUCACGUUAGGAACGGGCGACGUCUUCGAAAUCCUAAUGAACUUGAACCCCUCUGAACCUUUGUGAGUUUCAGCCCUCGAUCACAGUACGCGAAUGCAAACCGCCGACAGCGGAAGUGCUCCUCUCGGACAACCUGCCGAGUCUGAUUGUCAAGCUCACCUUCCCCUUCUUCAUGGACAGAUUUCCAUUCGGGUGAGUGUUGCUCUCGCCUCCACUCUCUUUCUGACCAUUUCGCAUUUCUAUGACAGCCUCCGAGUGGCAGUUGUUUGCCUUCUGCAGGCCACCUCCUACUUUGUCGUCGCUUUCUCCGUCUCCAUUCCAAUGUCACUCGCCGGUGUGGUAUUCGUCAGUUUGGGUGGCGGAUUGGGAGAGAUUACGUUUUUGGGCUUGUCGGCACACUAUCAGAGGUAAUGACGGAAAUGAGAGGAAGAACGUGGAUUGUUGUGCAGGAUUGCAAUCGCAGGAUGGUCUUCGGGAACCGGAAUGGCCGGGCUUUUAGGCUCCUUCUCCUACGCAUUCCUCACGGAACCGCAUAUGGCUAAUCUGACACCGAAAACGGCGCUUUUAAUUCAGCUCUUCAUUCCAGUUGUCUUUGCUAUUUCGUAAGCAGUUCCCGACAUCAGGCUGAGACCUUAGUCCUUAUUCAGAUAUUUCAUUUUGUUGGAGAAGCCAGAGUCGAUUUACUCACCGUCUGUUCAUCCGAAAACGUGGAUCGUUCCGAAGGGAUACGAUGACUUCAUAGUGAGCAAACACCGAGUUCCUCAGAGACAACUUGGACCUUGGGAACGAGUGCAGCUUAUUAUUGUAAGGCUUUACCGAAGUUCUAGCCGAUAAUCUGAUUCAGCCGAUGCUCCAUCUCAUGAUCCCGCUCGCGUUUGUCUAUGUGGGAGAGUACAUGAUCAACCAGGGAAUGACUCAACAGAUAGUGUUCGAUUGUUCCCAUGGUUUCCAACUGUCCCUUCACAGUCAGUACAGAUGGUACCAAGUGCUCUACCAGUUAGGAGUAUUUCUCUCAAGAUCUUCUAUCAAAUUGAUCGAACUGCCCAUGUGGGUACUCUACUUAUUACCGAUUCUUCAAGUGAGUUUUUCUUUUUUUGUCCUUCAAUUUACUGUACUUUUUAAGCUUUCCAACAUGGUUUUCUUCUUCUUCGACGCUCUUUACUGGUUCGUCCCACACAUUGCCAUCAUCUUUGCGCUCAUUAUCUUCGAAGGACUUUUCGGAGGCUCCUCUUAUGUGAACACAUUCCACAAGAUUCAUAAUAAGGUACGACUACUUCAAACUGAAUCUCAUUCACUCCUAAACAUUCAGGUAGAACCGGACGUGCGAGAGUACUGUCUGUCGGCCGCUUCAAUGGGCGACAGCCUCGGAGUGAACUUCGCCGCCGGAGUAUCCAUUCCCUUGCACUACUGGAUGUGUGGAAGACCGUCGCCCCGGUGA